GGCCAGCGCUUGCUGUCAAUCACUCCCGCGCCCACCUCAGCCGGCUGCUGAUUGGCUGAGCCGGGGCAGGGAGAGGGAAAGCUGUGGCGGCGGUGUCAGCUCUGCCUGGCAGCGGUGCUGUGAGGGGCGGACAGACGGCGGAGCCGGCCUGAGGGCGUCCCGCUCGGCUGUUGCAGAUAUGCAUGAGGAAAAUACAGCUGCAACAAAUGGAUGUGGCAAAACCAGAAGUAGUACUCAGAAUGAGGCUGCCUUACUGGCUCUGAUGGAGAAGACUGGAUACAGCAUGGUUCAAGAAAAUGGGCAAAGAAAAUUUGGUGGUCCUCCACCAGGUUGGGAAGGUCCUCCACCACCUCGUGGAUGUGAAGUUUUUGUGGGUAAGAUUCCUCGUGAUAUGUAUGAAGAUGAAUUGGUUCCUAUUUUCGAGAGAGCUGGGAAGAUCUACGAGUUUAGGCUGAUGAUGGAAUUCAGUGGUGAGAAUCGAGGCUAUGCUUUUGUAAUGUACACUGCUAAAGAGGAAGCCCAGCUAGCCAUCAAGAUUCUUAACAACUACGAAAUUCGUCCAGGGAAGUUUAUUGGUGUCUGCGUCAGCUUGGACAACUGCAGACUAUUUAUUGGAGCUAUUCCAAAAGAAAAGAAAAAACAAGAAAUACUGAAUGAAAUGAAAAAAGUUACAGAAGGAGUGGUGGAUGUCAUCGUUUAUCCAAAUGCCACUGACAAAACUAAAAAUCGUGGCUUUGCUUUCGUAGAAUAUGAGUCUCACAGAGCAGCUGCAAUGGCUAGAAGGAGGCUAAUCCCAGGAACGUUCCAGCUCUGGGGUCAUACUAUUCAAGUAGAUUGGGCAGACCCAGAGAAAGAAGUUGAUGAAGAAACAAUGCAGAGAGUCAAAGUGUUGUAUGUAAGAAAUUUAAUGCUCUCUACUACAGAAGACACGAUUAAAGCUGAAUUCAACAAGUUCAAGCCAGGAGUAGUUGAACGUGUGAAGAAGCUGAGAGACUAUGCUUUUGUUCAUUUUUUCAACCGAGAGGAUGCAGUUGCUGCCAUGUCUGUAAUGAAUGGGAGGUGCAUUGAUGGAGCUAGUAUUGAGGUAACACUGGCAAAGCCAAUUAACAAAGAAAGUACUUGGAAGCAACAUUUUAAUGAUCAGAUAAGUCCCUCUUCUGAAAGUCUCUUAGGGUUUCCCAGCAAAGAGGAUGGUCAUCAAAAAUCUGCAUGGAAACAAGCAAACCUUUCAGUUCGUCUUAAUGGUCAGCACAGUCCAAGCCCCCCUGAAGUUGAAAGGUGUACAUACCCAUUUCUUCCAGGAACAAAGCUUACUCCAAUUAGUAUGUAUUCCUUAAAAUCUAGUCACUUCAGUUCUGCAGUAAUGCACCUGGAUUAUUUUUGCUAUAAAAAUAACUGGGUACCACCAGAAUACUACCUGUAUUCAACCACGAGUCAGGAUGGGAAAAUACUUCUGGUGUACAAGGUACUUGUUCCUAGUAUUGCAUAUGGUUCCCAGAGUUACUUCAUGCCAGACAAACUCUGUACAACAUUAGAAGAUGCGAAGGAAUUGGCAGCACAGUUGACACUUCUGCAUCUAGAUGGGGACCAUAAGCUUGUAAAUCUAGGCCUGUGUAGGAGAACUUGGAGAAAAACAAGUCAGAAAGAUAGAACAAGCCAACUGUGCACCGUACUCUGCUUGAAUUGCCCUGAAGAACAAGUUGAGCAGUUGAAAGUUUGAAAUUUGUUACACUGGAUCUUGCCAUCGAAGGAAAAAGAACACCACACUAAUGCACAAUUACUGGAAAUUCAGAUUACACGUUUCGUGAUGAAUUAUUUUUCAAAGUACAUUUUUUUAACUUUUGAUUUUUGAAGAUUAGUGCAAUUGAAUGUUAAAUCGUUUUAGUUAAAUUUGUUUUGAAGAGAGAACUUGUUUAAAAGAUUUUUAUUACCUGUAAUAGUUUAUACAACAGUAGCUUAUCUUUAGUGUUGAAAUAAUUCGGUGCUUGUAUUGUGAGUUACAUGCAGAAUAUCUUUUUAGUUUCAGUUGUAAGUAAUAAAUCUGAAGUAAACACUUAAAAAAACCACCUGGCAACCCUGCCUUUUAAUACAUAAACAUAAUUCCCAGUAUUCCAGUUGGAGCUCAAAUAUGAAAUGCAAAUGCGAUACUCAAAAGACUUGUUUCUGUAACUUAAUGCCAAAUUUUAUAGGAAGAACACGUCCAAUAAAACUUUUGCUUCUGGAAUAGCAUUAUGUCAGUGAUGGAGUGGUAUUUUGAAGGGCCUUACGUCAACAUACUGUCAGGCUACGUAAGGUAUAAUGCUAUAGUCAUAACACAGGUUCAACACUUCAGAUAAUUCUUGAGACAAAAAUUGGCGAAAGAAAAAAGUGUGACACAAAAAUUGCAGCUUAGUGAACUGUACAUAAGAUACAUGUCCUAGGAGAGAGACCGUAACAAGUAUACAUACGUUUUUGUGAGUUCAUGGAAGCCUUACUUGUACCUAGGUUAUUCCUUGUAACCAGCAGUUCUAUUUGCCUGUGGUUGUCACGUUGAACAGCAGCUUGCUCACUUUAAUCAGGCCAUAUGCUGCUUCAAAAGAAUCUCUUAGCAUUAAAUGGAAAAUAGUUCUUAAGUUUUUAAAUCGGGUAUAUGUAAUUCAUUUUGAGUGAGCUAUCUUUACUCCUGUAGUGUUAACUAUUCAGCAUUUCUCAGUAAAGUGCUUUAUUUAUUGAAUGACAAUUUUUUUUUUUCCUUUUAUUCCUGAAACAAAUACAGUGGAUCAACCUCCUUUUUAAACUUGGUAUGUAGUUUCAGUUCCUGGUCAAGGAAUGGGCCAAGUAGCUUAUGUUAAGAGUCUAACGGCCUGACUUAUACAAGUAUUGGUUGUAAGCUGUUUUGUUUGAAAAGCUUGUCAAAAAAAGAAUAUUAUGUAGACAGAAAACAAUGCAAUGGAGAGAUUUAAAGUUGAAUAUUUUUUCUUAAUGCAGUCAAAUAUUGACGUUACAUAUUUUAGUUGACCAUGUUGCAUCAAUACAUUGAAUUUUUUGUGUUAAUUUAGAUACUGAUAGAGUAGUUAAAUUUUAUUUGUAUUUCAUAUUAGCUACGUAGGUGUUUUAAGUGUUGUAAUUUUUAAUGUUGAAAUCAUUUUUGACUUCUGUACUUGAAUUUGAACAUUGAUAUUAAAUUUAUUCUGUUAGUA